GCUAUGGGAAACGGUUGCUAAGGGGCAAGGGAUUGCCUGCUAGGCUAGUGAUGGCUGAGCCGAUACAGCAGUAGAGCAUCUUUGUGGCAUGGAGGGGAAGGGGAGCCUUUCUGGAGGGAGAUGUCCAGCUGACAGUGUCCCUGCCCCCUUAGUGCUCUAGAUGCCGACGGCUGGAUAAAUCCUGCAACUCAUGCACCCAGAUUGAAAUGAAUGACUAAUAGAAUGACGGGAUCCUUAAUGAGCCAAUUGGUUUUUCCCUUCACCCACUGAUAUAAUGCACUCAGUGCUGGGAUGGAGGGUUUUGUUGCCCACAGUUGUGAUGCAGCAACCAUCUCAGGCAUGCUUGUGUGUGUUUGGUGGGGUUAUUUACGCAGCGAAGCCACUCCUACUGCUGAUAGGAAGAAGGAGGUAGACGUCAAAAGGGAGGGGUAAAUCCAGUGGUGGAUGGAAGUGUGUGCAGUGGGACGAGGGGGGAGGGAUCGAGGGCACCCUAAUCUUUUUUGGGUUGUCUCCGGCAGCGUACGUGCAUAAAAAGGAAUUAGGCAAACAGCAAUAGAGCAGCUGGACAGGGACCAGGAUCAGGUAGAGGGACCAUCGGGAGAGAAGAGGGAUGCAGGAUAGAAGACAAGGAUCCUGAAGAUGGAUGGCUGGGAAAGCGGAUAAACGGACAGGUUAGGUGGAUCGUGGUGGGGUGGAGGACAUGCAAGUCUGUUUGGGUGAAAAUAUAAAUUGUUAUCCCUGCCAACUGGGGUCGGGGAAAUGUCAACAGAACAGAGCAAUUAGCACUAUCAGAAGACAGCACCGCAGAUUAUAUAAAUACAUGCAGGGAUGGUGAGAAAUGAGUAGGGAUAUUUGUAAUGGCAGGUGAAUAGGGAUAAAUUGGGUCAGGAAAGAGAUUUAGCCAAAUAGGAGACACGGCAAUGAAGUUGAGUUAAAUUCUUGAUGGCUGUGAAAGGGGCAGGAAAGGCAGGAGGCAUGGGUGAAAAUGACUAAGUCAAUGACCCACCCACCAACAACAAAGCAGUCUGGAUAUGCGAAUGUCUCAUUUGUGCAGUAGGGAAUCAAAAGAGGAAGAGAAACAAAUACACAACAAGGGGAUAAAAGGGCAUCAGAGGAGCAGGUCAGGUUCAGGAGAAUGGGAGAGCUCUGGAGAACAGCAAAUAGUUCUAGGAAGCUCUAAGUCUGCCUGAAAAUGCCCUGUAUUAUGGCUGAUUGGGGUCUCCACGGCCUUCUCUCGCCACUCCUCCCUGACACUUCGUCAUGGCGUCCCCGGCCGGAGCCUGCCAUUGCUUUACUGGGCUCCUUGGCCCUCCUGUUUAUCUGGUACUGUUACCGGGUGGGGAGUGGGCAAGCAGCACCCAUAUCCCACCAGCAAGGUGUGCCAACAGAGGAACGGUGCCCACGGCGUGCCCUCCGGGGUGAUGCGGUCAACCAGCGCCUAUAUCGCAGCCUGAGAGACUAUGCCAAGCGGUAUUCGUGGUCAGGGAUGAACCGGCUGCACAAAGGGAUCCGGGACCAGGCCCAUUACCAGUUGGGGGAGCGCCCGGCUAUCCAGAAGCCCAGCACCUUCUACCUCCCCGACUUGCCCUCUGCCCCGUAUUUCCCACGCGAAUCCCAGCGCCAUGAUGUGGAGAUCCUUGAACUCAGCUUCCCAGCCAUCUUACGGGAAUUUGAGGGCAUCGCUUGGGACUUUGCAUCUGGAGCACAGACACCACGGGGAUGGACCACUAAUGCCCACCCUGGUUGGCACAGCUAUUACCUCUAUCGUCAAGGGGAGUGUAUCGCGCCGAACUGUCGCAGCUGCCCCUGGACAUACCGGGCCCUCAGUGCGCUACGCACCUUCGUAAAUGCCAACCGCUUUGGCAACGCUUGCUUCAGUGUCCUGCAGCCUGGAACCGUGCUACCUGGGACCUAUGGGCCAACCAAUACCAGGGUGCGGUGCCACUUAGGGCUGAAGGUCCCUUCUGGUUGUGAGCUGGUGGUGGGCGGUGAGCCACAGUGCUGGUCUGAAGGAUACUGCCUUCUAGUGGAUGACUCCUUCUUGCAUACAACAGCCCACAAUGGUUCCCCCGCUGAUGGUUCACGGGUGAUUUUCAUCGUUGAUCUUUGGCAUCCUAAUGUGGCAGGGCCCGAGCGGCAGGCACUAGACUAUAUCUUUGCCCCUGGUCGGUAGGUGCCCACCUCGAUCAGUUAUUGUAGCCAAGAAAACACAAAAUCAAACCACCACCGUAUGAUUACUAAUGUAUGCUGCUCCUCACAAUCAUCCAAAGCUUCCCAUGUUGUUGCUGUGAUAUUGAUAGUCCUAUUUCCACCAUCAUGUAAACUGAGUCGGAGUUUUUCCACAGUCCUGGAAAUUAAGACUACUGUAUCUUGGUCAAGAAUCUGCACAGAGAGGUAAUAUGAAAGAAGAUUGGAGCGUGUUUUUCCCCCUUCAAAUUGAGUCUGUAAUCAAGAUCUUGGUGACACAGAAAAUAUGACUCUUCAUCCUCCAAUAUUUAAUGAACAGUCAUCUAGACAGUACCUUGUAACUUGUUUUGUUCUCUGA